GGGCCCUAGUCACUUGGUUCACGCUGGUUCACCCAAACUGGACAGAUAACUUCCUCAAGACGUUACCCAGACACAUGUCAUAACCCUGUAGACUUGAACGGUUUUAAUGAAUUCCCGGAUGGCAAGACGGAGAGCACCCCAGAGGAACACUCAAGAUCACGCCACCACGAAUGAGGCUCUCCUUACACCCUGGUUGGACAAUCUUGGGACUACAGAGUACGAGAGCAAGGAACAGCGGUUACAUGAUGAAAUUGUGGCGUUCGUCACGUAUGUUACUCCGACGCCUUCUGAGCGAGCUGCUCGGGAGCUUGUGGUAGCAACAGUACGGGAAAUAAUCCGCAGGCGGUUUCCUCGCUCGGAGGUCUCAAUAAUCGGAAGUGUAGCUCAUGACUUAUAUCUUCCUAAUGGGGAUAUCGAUCUUGUGGUUUUUACACCGCAGGUAUACGACGACAAAUUUAAGACGAAAGCACUGUUCCAACUGGCAUCCAUGCUGAAGAAUGCCCAUGUCACUUUCAAGACUCAAGUUGCCGUCGGCGCGCGAGUACCGGUUCUCAGUUUCCAGACGGUUCCUUCCCUAGGGUCUUUUCAGAUCGACAUAAGUCUGAACGCUGAUGACGGGUUGAGGGCCACUCCAAUCAUCAAGGGCUAUCUGACCAGGAUGCCAACAUUACGACCUCUGAUCUUGGUUGUGAAAACAUUCAUGUCCAUGCGCGGCCUGAAUUCCCCUGCAAGCGGCGGAUUAGGCAGCUACGCUAUAAUCUGCAUGAUGAUAUGUUUUGUCCAGCUCAAUCCGAAGGGGAGACCUCCAUCAUUUUAUGAGGAGCCAAUGGCUUCUGAGUCACUAGGAUACCUGUUGUUUGACUUCUUCCAGUUCUAUGCUUUUGAAUUCUCUUACCAAACUCUCUACAUCUCAACUGCACUUGGUAAGGUCCUUCCGAAGGAUGCUGUCGAUUGGUUAGGGAAGUCAAGACCAGACGCUUUAUGCAUCGAAUGUCUCGUAAAUCCUGGAAGAGACAUCGGAAAGUCCGCAAACAGGAUUACCCAGAUUCGUGCCGCGCUUCAAGAAGGAUACACUUCCCUGAAAAAUUACCCGUUCUCUCUCACUCGCUGCAAUGUUCUUGGUUCCAUUCUUGGUCUCAGUGAACAGAUAGUAGCUCAUCGACACCAUAUCGAAGAAAUCGUCAGCUCCGGACGCCUGGAGAGAGAACAGCGAUCUAUCCCAUUGCCGCCAGUCUGGUCAGCUCCCAGCUCGUAUCGUGGACGAGGAUCGCGAGCCCCAUACGCGCCACAUCCCAAUCGUUCUUAUCAGAAUGAACCAUACGCUCGUCCACAGAGACCUCGAAGAUGACAACUAAUGCCACUCUUUUGACCUGGAACUAUUUGCAUUAUGCCGCUGCUUGGACAAUUGUCCCUUCAUGUUAUAUACCAGCACACUCUUGAUACCCCGGAACAUGUAAUAAUAGCGACUGUGAAUAGCAUCAAUCGGGUUCUCAUCCUG